AUGGUGUCAGCAUGUAUGCGAAAAUGGUUCAAUUGGUGUGCAACAGAAAAUCACAAUCUCAUUAGGUGCCUUCUUCAGACAAUUGUCGAAUUUUUAGAUCAUCUUUAUGGUCAAAAUAUGCAAUUUAAUACUAUUGCGAGUUAUAGAUCAGCUAUUAGUAAGAUCCAUGUACAUGUAGAUGGGAAAUCAAUUGGUUCACACCCAAUUAUUGUUAAAGUAAUGAAAGGAUUAUUUAAUCUAAAUCCACCUAAACAAAGCUCUGUAGAAGUAGUUGAUGUAUUGCCCAUGAUGGAUUAUAUUCAAUCAUUAGGCUCUAACACAGAAAUGUCUAUACUAAACUUAACACAAAAAACAGCUUUAUUAUUAGCCUUAACUUCAGGUAGCCACCCAUCAGAUCUACAUCGUAUUGAUCUUUCUACUAUUCUGCGAACACCGAAUGGCAUUGUAGUUUAUAUUAGAAAUCCCAAAGAAUCAAAGAUCUCAAGAUCUCAUGGGGGCAAAAAGGAACAAUUCAAAAAGCUGUUUAUUGGGUCUUAUCCAGAUGAUAUAAAUUUUUCUUUAUUUCUUACAACGACUGCACUACACAAGCCUGCCUCCAUAGAUUCUAUCGCACGAUGGAUAAAAACAUGCCUUACAGUAUCUUCAGAAAGUCUAACAGCAAAGGAUACAAGAGUAAUAUCAGCCUUCUUAGCACAAAAUAGUGAAGCCGACUUGACUACGAUUAUGGCUUUAGGAAAUUGGUCAAGUAAUAUGGUGUAUCAAAAAUUUUAUCAACGAGGGAUUUCUCUGUUACUUCAAAGAAACAAUAUAGUACAGAAAAUUAUUGAAGAAGCCUUGUCUACUCCACAAUAG